ACACACACACACACGGGGAUGUGCAUUGAGUGCAGGAAUCACAAACAUAGCGGGAGGGCGAGCGUGACGCCAGCACCUUUCGUGUUCCGUCUGUGACACACACACACACACACACACUCUCUCUCUCUCGCUCUCACACACACACACACCUCAGAUGCUCACGAGCCAGCAGGGAGGACGCAACCGGACGUGUCAUUCAAACAAGGACUGGAUGUGAAGACGAGGAUUACACGUCUCCAUCCUCUCUUUUCCUCCACUAUAUAGGCUUCACCCCCCCGACCCCCCCACGUCCUUUCAUCCGAGCGCUUUUGAGACAAGCAGGGGGUGGGAUUGUCUCAAUACGUAAAGAAGGAUUAUUCUUGUUUUUUGUCGUCCUCACCCGGGAUUUUCAACGUAUGGAUGCAUGUUGACGAUCGCCUCUUCCAUUUUGGAUUCUUUGGAAAAAAAAAAAAAUCAUAAAAAUAAAAAAAAUGGGGAUGAUUCGGAUGCGUGAGAGGAGGCAGCAGUGAAGCCGCUGCCCGCUGAAAUAUUGAGGCAAAAAAAAAAAAGUCGCCGCCCUUGUGGAGGCUGCGGGUAUGGCAGCUUGCCGCCUCCCGCCGCCGCUGAGGAAGGCGUGCGUCAUGCUGCCCCACGGCCACUCCCCAGGGGGCGCCGAGCUGCCCCCAUCCGUACCCGUUUUCCUCUGCCUGCUGGUGGCGCUGCUCCAGCCGGCUUGUCCCUGCCCCCCGCCCUGUCUCUGCCCCUCGGACAGCCUGCUGGUGGACUGCGGGGGCCGGGGCCUUUCCUCACCGCCCGCCCUGCACUUCCUGCCGGCGGGGAGUCGCUCCCUCCUUCUGGCCAACAACCAACUGGCCACGCUGGGCGCGUCGGACUUUGCUAACCACUCCUCUCUGGAGGAGCUGGAUCUUUCCAACAACUACCUGGACAAUUUGCCGGCCGGAUUAUUCCGCGACAUGAGCAAUCUGAGCAAACUGAGCCUGCGCAACAACUCUCUGACAGGAAUGGACAGAGAUCUCUUUCAGGGUUUGGGGGGUCUCCAGAGUCUCGAUCUUUCACUCAACGGCCUGGCGUCGGUUCCUUUGGGGGUCUUGGACGAGCUCCAUGGUCUCAGGUGGCUGUCCCUGGCCGGUAAUCGUCUUCGCGGCUUGGAGAGGGCGGCGUUCGAGCCCCUCGCCCGCCUGCAGCACCUGGAGCUGGGACACAACCCCUGGGAAUGCGAUUGCAACCUACGGGAGUUCAAACACUGGAUGGAGUGGCUACUGUACCGAGGCGGAAAGGUGGAUGCGGUGGAGUGCACGCUCCCCAAAGACCUGCGGGGGCGAGACAUCCGCGGCGUUCCCGUGGAGAUGUUCAACUACUGCCUCCAGCUGGAAGACGAGAACGGCGGAGGCGGAGCCGACGGAUCCCGAAGAGGUCCUCCCUGCGGCAGGGGCGGCGCCGUCGACCCCAGCGGGGCGCCGUCGAUUUCCGGCGGCGAUGACUCGCCUUCGCGAGGGGGCGGGGCCGGCGGCGGAGACGCCCCGGCCGAUUGCGUGCGCGCUCGCUACCGUCCCGCCAGCGUGCGGCGGGCCAUCGGCACGGUGGUGAUCGCCGGCGUGGUGUGCGGGAUCGUCUGCAUCAUGAUGGUGGUGGCGGCCGCGUACGGUUGCAUCUACGCCUCGCUGAUGGCCAAGUACCAGCGAGAGCUGAAGAAGAGGCAGCCGCUCAUGGGAGACAGCGAGGCGGACGCGGACGAUCGCGAGGAGAAACAGAUCUCGUCGGUGGCGUAGAGGAGACGCCCGUGUGAAGGGGGGGGGGGUCGUUUGGCAAAAAAAAGGGCUCAAAAGAGGAGUUUGAAAAGGAUCAGCAACCAUCGCCACCUUGGACUCUCCAAACGUCACCCAUCCUUUUACGUCCUCCCUCCAUUUCUUUUUCUAGCCCUUCAUCUCGCCUACUAACCACCUACCGAUGCUGAACUUGGCGCCAGAGAGAACGAGCUUUCAUCUCAUCCGCAGAACUCAUCCAAGAGUUUGCCGGUGGAAUUUUCAGGGAGAGUCUUUCGAAUGCGGACCAAAUGCUCACAUGCAAGAUGCGGAGCUCCAGAGGUCGAAUUUCAAGACCCGGGAAACUUGACCCCCACGCCCCCCGUAUCCCAGAGAAAGACUUCGGCGGAGGGAGUCGUCUCAUUCGUCGACGCUUUGCGCGACAGAACAAAAAAACCCAACCCGGGACCAGAUUUCAGAACUUCCCAGCACUUUAUCGCCCGAAUCGGUUACCCGCCAAGGUUCCCCUUUUUCCUCCUCGUCUUUCCAAAACGAUCUUUCCCGGAGGGAUUAGAGCCAACAAGGGAUUUAAAAAAAAAAAAAAAAAAGA